UGUGUCCCAGUGUGUCCCAGUGUGGCCCAGUGUGGCCCAGUGUGUCCCAGUGUGGCCCAGUGUGUCCCAGUGUGUCCUAGUGUGUCCCAGUGUGGCCCAGUGUGGCCCAGUGUGUCCCAGUGUGUCCCAGUGUGUCCCAGUGUGGCCCAGUGUGGCCCAGUGUGGCCCAGUGUGGCCCAGUGUGUCCUAGUGUGGCCCAGUGUGUCCCAGUGUGUCCCAGUGUGUCCCAGUGUGUCCCAGUGUGGCCCAGUGUGGCCCAGUGUGGCCCAGUGUGUCCCAGUGUGUCCUAGUGUGUCCCAGUGUGGCCCAGUGUGGCCCAGUGUGUCCCAGUGUGUCCCAGUGUGUCCCAGUGUGGCCCAGUGUGGCCCAGUGUGGCCCAGUGUGGCCCAGUGUGUCCUAGUGUGGCCCAGUGUGUCCCAGUGUGUCCCAGUGUGGCCCAGUGUGGCCCAGUGUGGCCCAGUGUAUCCCAGUGUGGCCUAG